AUGGCGGCCAAGCCCGCCCUCUCCCUCCUGUUGGCCGUGCUGGCCUGCACAGGGCCUGCCCGCUCCUCCCCUCCCCUCUUGCUCCGCCCCCGGGAGAGAGAGAGGGACUUGGGCGUAGUCAACAUUGCUGUGGUCCACUCGGGCUCCUCCCUGCUCCCAGAGACGGCCGCUGCUGGGGGAACGGGCGCCAUGGGCGGGCCGGUGGGGCCUCAGGGGAGGGGGGCCUCGUCGUCAUUGGCUACGGUGGCGGUGUCUGCGCCGCUGGCAUCUGCGUCGGCGGCUCUGGUGGGCGAUAGUGUGAUGACGCAGUAUGGCCCGGCCAACGUGAUCUACCUGACGGUGAACGAGAGCAGCCCGGCGAGCCUUCUGCUGCAGCUGUGUGAGCUGCUGGCCACCACGCCGCUCCAGGGCCUGGUGUUCGAGGAGGAGAGGCCCCCGCCACCCAACCAGGCUCCCCUGGCCCCCAUGCUGGAGUUUGUCUCGGCCCAGACCGGAGUGCCUGUUGUAGCCGUGGGAGGAGGGGCCGGCCUGGGCAGGGAGCCACAGGUAACUACCUGGCUGUGAACUUUGCCUUCUUAAUGGAUUUCAAGUAAUCAAUCAGUCGUAAGUUACUGUGUGUUUGAAGCUUAAUCUUACCCAGUUGGGAGAAUUUGGCACAUGACGUCUUCAUUUUCUGGUUGGAAACUGGGUUUCUGGUUGAGAAGACACCAUAAAACCAGAUUGCAACCAACUGGUCUCUGUUACAACCAGGUAAAGAUGUAUUUUUCAAAACGUCAUGGGAAAGACGUUGUAUUUUGGUUGUUAUCUUGUUGCUAAAAAUAUGUUUACGAAAUGUCCCCUUAUACAACUAGUAUGAAAAUUGCCCGCUGAAUACAGUGUGGUCUGAGUAGGAGAACACUACUUCAGUCCUCGAGGGGGCCGCAGUCCUGCUGCUUUGUGUCUGCCUGGCACUUACUGUAAUUGAACAAUUAAUGUCAAUGAUUGCUGGGAAGGUUCAACACUUGGUUUCCAAAGGUAAAAAUCUGCCGUUGAUAAAACAGAAAACAGAGAGAGUGGCCCUCGAGGACGGGAGUUGUGCAACCCUACACUCUUAGAAAAAAGGGUUCCAAAAGGGUUCUUCGGCUGUCCCCAUAGGAUAACCCUUUUUGGGUCCAGGUAGAACCCUUUUUGGUUGCAGGUAGAACUAUUUUGAGUUCCAUGUAGAACCCUCUGUGAAAAGGGUCCUACAGUGCAUUCGUAAAGUAUUCAGACCCUUUCACCUUUUCUACAUUUUGUUACGUUACAGCCUUAUUCUAAAAUGUUUUUUUUCUUCUUUUUUCAUCAAUCUACACACAAUACCCCAUAAUGACAAGCAAAAACAGGUUUUUAGAAAUGUUAGCAAAUGUAUUAAAAAUAAAAAACAGAAAUACCUUAUUUACAUAAGUAUUCAGACCCUUUGCUAUGAGACUCAAAAUUGAGCUCAGGUGGAUCCUGUUUCCAUUGAUCCUCCUUGAGAUGUUUCUACAACUUGAUUGGAGUCCACCUGUGGUAAAUUCAAUUGAUUGGACAUGAUUUGGAAAGGCACACACCUGUCUAUAUAAGGUCCCAUAGUUGACAGUGCAUGUCAGAGCAAAAACCAAGCCAUGAGGUGGAAGGAAUUGUCCGUAGAGCUCCGAGACAGGAUUGUGUCGAGGCAUAGAUCUGGGGAAGGAUAACAAAAAUUGUCUGCAGCAUUGAAGGUCCCCAAGAACACAGUGGCCUCCAUCAUUCCUAAAUGGAAGAAGUUUGGAACCACCAAGACUCUUCCUAGAGCUGGCCGAAUAGCUCUCUGAAUAAUGAAUAAAGCGAGGGAGUUCAACGGUGGUCAUUUACAUAUGCAUAAUAUAGUUCCAUCUCAAUUGUAGUCCUCUGUUCAGAGAUGGGCAGUAUUUCUUUUACAUGUAUUUGAAAUACGUAUUUUAAUUACUUUUAAGUAUUUUGUAAUUUGUAUUUCACUGGCCUGAACUACAAUCCAAUGUAUUCUGUAACAAGAUACUUUAGAUCAGUGUUUCCCAAACUCGGUCCUGGGGACGCCAAGCGGUGCACUAUUUGUUUAUUGCCCUAUCACUACACAGCUGAUUAAAAUAAUCAACUAAUCAUCAAUAUUUAAUUAUUUGAAUCAGCUGUGUAGUGCUAGGGCGAAAAACUAAACGUGCACCCCAUGGGAUCCCCAGGACGGAGUUUGGGAAAUGCUGCUUUAGAGAGCUGUAUUUUUGUAUUUUCAAAAUACAAAAUACUUUUCCAUUUAAAAAAAAUAUAGCGGUUCACAAUUUUGUGGCCCCCUAUCACCCCAUAUUUGCUGCAUUGGUAUCAAAAGUCUGAUGACACUAUGAUGUGAAAAUGGAAAUGGAAAAAUGAACACUUGCAUUCUGCACUGGGUAUUAUUCUAAUUAUCUCUGCCCACAAACAAGGCCACAUUUUAUUCAAAAGCAAAUUGUUUGGGGGUGGAGCUCAUUACAAUAAUACCCAGUGUGCUUUGCAAGUGCUAAUUUUUAACAUUUACAUUUUGGUCAUUUAGCAUACACUCUUAUCCAGAGUAUUCAACUAAGGUAGAUAAACAACAACAUCACAGUCAUAGCAAGUAAAACGUUUCUGUAACCGUUACUGAGAAUGUUGUUGUAGUUAAUGGGGCUACUUGCAAGUAUUUUUAUUAAAUACAUGACUUGGCAAAAGUAUUUUGUAUUUUGUAACAAGAAACAUUUUUAAGUAUCUUUGCCCAUCUCUGCCUCUGUUAUCUUGUCUGUCUCCAUUCCCUCAUCUGUUCUUAUCCUAAUCUAAAAGAACUGGACAAGUGUAGGCUUUCCAGUCUGGUCAGAUCAGUGAAGAUGAAGGAAAGGAAGUAUUUUUCAUUGAAAAUCAUGACCUACAGUGCAAUACAGAAUUUCAAAUCAACUAAAAAUGAUUUGUCACAUGCUUUAUAGACAACACGUGUAGACUAACAGUGAAAUGCUUACUUACGGGUCCUUUUCCAACAAUGCAGAGCUAAAGCUAAGAUAACAAAUGUAAUAAAAAAUAGAAAUAGUUGCACAGUGAAUAACGAAUAAUUGAAUGUACUUCUGGUAAAACACAGGGACAUACUGGCGGUGUCCCAAAUGGCACCCUAUUCCCUAAAUAGUGCACUGCUUUUAAUCAGGGCCCAUAAGGUUCUGGUCAAAAGUAGUGCACUAUAAAGGGAAUAGGGUGCCAUUUGGGACAAACUGUAGGACUGUACUGGAAAGACUUCACAGUAGACAAGACAGACAAAGAGAAAAAAAGAAAGGGAGGGAGGAAGGAUAUUGAGACUGGAAUUCAAUUACAAUGGCCGUAUUGAUGUUUGCGCAGUGUCUUUGUUUAAAAACCCUACCUACGCAUGUAGUUCUUACUUGAAAACAGGAAGCUUUUCUUACUUUGAAAACAGUCUGCCUGGGGGUAGCAGCAGUAGUAGGGGUUUUAUUGUACCAAGAGACAUUGUGUGAUUAUAGGCCUAUUUAACCGUGGGUAAAAUUGCUAUUGCAUGAAUGUAAGCCACUGAACAGGUAAGAAACUUGAUGCACCACAAGUUUAAUGUAUCUUUCUUAACCAAUGGUAUGGUCUAAAUAGGCCUUCAUUUGACUAAGCCACUGCAAUGCGUCUAGGACUGAAUUAAGCUCACACUGUCGUUCUAAUUUUACAUUACUCCUAACAUUGGCCAUGUUCAGUAGGGGAAAUCUGUGUUCUUAUUGGACAAGUUCAGGUACUACCACCUCGUUUCCUCGAAAACAAAAUGUUUAAUCCCUAUUAAACACAACACUGACUCCACUGUAUUCAUAAAGCGUCUCAGCGAAUGAGUGCUGAUCUAGGAUCAGAUCUCUCCUGUCGUUGUAUCUUACUCAUUAAGAUCUAAAAGGCAAAACAGGUCCUAGAUCAGCACGCCUACUCUGAGACUCUUUGUGAAUAAUAGGCCUGGAUUCCUCCUCUAUAGCAGAAAAUGAAAUUCUGUGUUCUUAUGGACAGAUACUACCUCCCCAUUUCACUCCGCUUUAAAACGUUUUCUCCCAACUGAACACAACCCUCUAGGAGAGCGGCUCCAUCCUCCAGAUCACUGCACUCUCUCGCUCCCUCUUUCCCCCUCCCUGUCCUGAAAACCCAUUUCACUUUUUAACAAACUGUUUUCUCCCCCUUCUCUACACCACUGUUGUCCUCCUCCCCCAGGAGAGCGGCUCCAUCUACCUCCAGUUCACCUGCUCUACAGCCAUGCAGCUGGAUGUGGUCUUUGAGGUGCUGGAGGAGUUCGACUGGACCUCCUUCUCCGUGGUGGCCACGCGUCACCAUGGUUAUGAGGACUUCCUGGCCAUGGUGGAGGCCCUGACGGACGGAUCCUUCAUCGGCUGGGAGAAGAAGGGCGUGGUCAUGCUCAACGUCACCGACGACCCGGGAGGGACGCGCACGAGCAGGCUGCUCAAGGAGAACGAGGCGCAGGUGAGAUGGCUUCUACCGUCUUUUUUUUAUCUGCCGUAUUUUUAUGCUUUAUGAUUUUUUGUCUGAUGGUACAGAAGUAGAGGGGGAUACUGAUGAAGAGGGGAGACACUGCAGGAAGGACAGACACUGGGGAUUGAAACCAGGUCCCCGGUAGGGAGGCAUGUAUAUGUGCUAGGAGCGGGUGUGUUACCACUAGAGCAGGGGGUCUACACUGGGGACCUUUUUAUUUACUCCUCUUAAUCAUUUUGUCAUUUUCAUUUGUAUUUCUUGAGACAGGAUUGAAGGUAGAAGGGAGACAUACAGAAUAGCUGUGGGACUGGGAUUUGAUCCCACACUGAAGGGGUAAACAUGCAGUUGUGUAUAUGCCCCAGUCCUGCACAUUCCCUGUCUGCACUAAAAGCUCCACGGACCAUCAGACUGGAUAGAUGUGCUGCAGAUGGUAGCUCAACCCGCUAUACCAGCCCCAGGCACAGGACUGUGGGGACCUUUGUUGUAUUUCAUGCCAUCGUCCUGUCUUUGCAGUCCUUUCAUUGCAGUGUACCUGUACUGCUGGACAGUGUUUCUCCACCUUGUUCCCAAGGUGUCACGUUCGUUUAAUGACGGGUCAGACCAAGGCGCAGCGUGAUAUGCAUACAUGUUUAUUAAACCAAAUAAACACAACGACAAACUAAACGAAACGUGAAGUCCAAGGUAGUACAGAAAACAAACCUUACACGGAACAAGAUCCCACAACUAGACAGUGCCAAUAGGCAGCUUAAGUAUGGUCCCCAAUCAGAGACAACGAGCGACAGCUGCCUCUGAUUGGGAACCACACCGGCCAACAUAGAUCUAGACAUACUAGAUCCUAAACAUAGACAAAGCACAACAAGGAAUAUACACACCCUGACUCAACAUAUAAGCGUCCCCUGAGUCAGGGCGUGACACAAGGACUCUGCUGUGCAGGCUAUACCGGAUUUCACUCCUGCUGAGAAUUAAUUUGACACUGAUUAGUACAGUAUCGUCUUGGUAACCAAUUACCUGAAAGACACUCCAAUCACCGUUCUUGGAAAUAUGCAAAGACAUUACGCCAGUUUCUCUGAAUACUUAUUAAGUUACCUGGCAUACUUCAAAUAGUUUGGUCUGUGACAUUGAAUUCAGUCUUGUCUUCCAUGUGUUACAUUGCCCAGCAAGAAAACCUAAAAUGUCGCUCAAACAGAAGGGGGAUCUAACAAAUAGUCACUGACAACAACCAAAACAAAACGUGUAAUGAAACAUGUAACGGCACACAGGAACACUCUAGGGUACUUUUCGGAUAACCCAUCAGGUUCCUCUACUCUGGGUUCAUUACAAACGACAGGAUUUGGAACCACUUUCCCCCCAUCCGAAUCAUUUCCCAAAAUGAAUGAGACCCCCUUCACCAGUAGGCUAGGCCUCACUCCAACGACAACAUAACAAGAAUUAAGAUCAGACUGGAGUUCCACAUUAUACAAAGGAACAUCCAUGCAACCCAUCUCCACACCUUGUACUAACACACUGUAACCAGUUGCUGAAGUGCCAGAGAAAGGCAAAACACCCUUUAAAAUGAAGAACUGGGCUGCCCCAGUGUCUCACAGUAUCUUCACCGGCUGCUUAACAGCAUCGCCACUCUGCAGAGACACGAACCCGUCUGAAACAAAGGGUUCAUACACAUCUGAUCCAAAAUCUUGUUUAGGAGAUACACCAGUCCCAACCAGAGACUUAAUGGGCUGCAGUGCUCCCACAACAAGAAAUUUAUUUUUCUUUCUCUCAUUUUUCUGUUUCAACUUAGGACACAGAGACAAUGUGUCCUUUCUCACGGCAGUAAUGACAAACUGGCGGAUACGAUAAACCAGUUUUCUGCCGAUAUUUAUCUUUGGGCACUGUAGAAAAGGACUGAAACCUCGUAGUAGGAGGUGACUUCCCUGGAUUGGCUUUUGCGUAGGGAUAACUACUGGGUGCUUUGUUUGUGAAGGUAGUUUUAUGUCAACACAAACUCAUAUGCAAGGACUGCAGUUUUCUCAAGAGUGAGAUCCUUGUGCUCAUAAAUGUAGGUAGCAACCCUUUCAUAAAGGCAAUUCUUGAACUGCUCGAGAAGUACGAGUGUCUUUAAAUCCUCAAGGUCCUUAACCUCGUGAGUACCACACCACCAAUCAAAAAGACAUGCUUGUUCCCUUGCAAACUCAACAUGGCUUUGUGAUUCUGUCUUUCGUAAUUUACGGAACUGUUGUCUGUAUGCUUCUGGGACCAAAUCGUAAGCCCGAAGGAUAGUAGUUUUAACAGUGUCAUAAUCUGAACUCUGGUUAAGAGAUAAAGCGGCAUACACUUUCUGAGCUUUUCCUACAAGAACAAUUUGGAGGAGCAGUGACCAAAUAUAUCACAGCCAUUUUAGGGAUGUGGCAAUCCGCUCAAACAGAGUAAAAUAUACACCCACCUCCUUUUCGUUGAAAGGCGGUACAAGCUGGCUGUUCUGACCAAGAUCAAACUCUGUUUAGGGUGCUGGAUGGCCUGACUGGAUUCGGAGCACUUCCAGAUCCAUCUCUCUUAAUCGAAUGGCAUGCGCACGUUCUUCUUGUUCUAGUCUGGCUGCACGUUCUCUUUCCCUUUCCUUGUGCUCAAGCUCUAAUUUCUGUUGUUCAAGCUCUAAUCUUUGUUGCUCCAACUUUGCCUUUAGUUCUAACUCCCUUAGUUGCACGUCUACGGGAUGUACUCUACCACCCGCAGGACCCUUUUCAUCAACCUCCCUCUCCGGAAAGAUAUCCUCCUCCACCAAAGCAGUACCGAUCAACUCUUUAACUACUGCUUUUGGAUUGCCACAUACCACUUUGGCAUAAUGCUUUGCAAUGAUGAGCAGAUUCGCCUUUGUACAUUUAUAUAGGAUCUCCCAUGUAGGUUUUCCCACAAAUGCUUCCAACUUAAAGUCCAUGGCUUAAAUGUUUUAAGCCUGUGGGUUUAUGCAACUUUCAAAAUGAUUCCACCAGUCUUAUAACCCCUCAGGGUGGAUGUCAGGGACAGAAACUCUACCACAAAAGGCUAUUCUGAACACUCAUAUCUGGGCACAGCAGAGCUUCAGAGUAGGUGAUAAGAGCAACAACCAUACUCAUGGGAAACAAGAUCCCGGAUGAGCACACAGUUUCCCCAGCAAGAAAAAAAAAAUUUGUUGCUCAAAAAGAAAGGGGAACUAACAAGAGUCACUGACAACAACCAAACCAGGUGGGGUUUUAGGAGGGUUUCUGAAAGACAGUCAUGAGGGUGUCCACUGAAAGUUGUCUAGCAACAACAACUGCAACCUAAAAGACACCCACCAUGAGCGCCCACUAACUUUGCCCACUAAGCCUCCUGAGUGGCGCAGUGGUCUAAGGCACUGCAUCGCAGUGCUAGCUGUGCCACUAGAGAUCCUGGUUCGAAUCCAGGCUCUGUCGUAGCCGGCCGCGACCGGGAGACACAUGGGGCGGCGCACAAGUCGUCCAGGGUAGGGGAGGGAAUGGCCGGCAGGGAUGUAGCUCAGUUGGUAGAGCAUGGUGUUUGCAACACCAGGGUUGUGGGUUCGAUUCCCACGGGGGGCAGGUAUGAAAAAAAUAAAAAUAAUAAUGUAUGCACUCACUAACUGUAAGUCGCUCUGGAUAAGAGCGUCUGCUAAAUGACUGAAAUGUAAAGAGUCAAACAAAACUCACACCAAACUUAAGGACAGGAAGCAAACCAAAAAGUGGAGCAAAGCGAAAACAGGGAAGAUCAGAUAAGGGAUUGUUUUUCUAGCAAUAGGGCUUGUCAACUAAAGGUGUUAACCCACCACAUUUCUCAAGAGCACUAGGCUAGACACACUUAAAUAGCACCUGGGCCAGCACAGUUGAAACACCUUCCCACUAACGAGACGGCAACCAGCACAGGUGUAACACAUACUGACUAACGAGGUGACACCAAUCGGUGCGCCCAACGUGCUAAAGUCCAAACUCAAAACAGAAAUGGAAAAACCAAAACCUAGAACACACAGAAUCGUCUAGAAUGUCAUUGUAUGCUGUAGCGUUAAGAUUUCCCUUCACUGGAACUAAGGGGCCUAGCCCGAACCAUGAAAAACAGCCCCAGACCAUUAUACACCUGUCAGCAACUGGUGUGGCUAAAAUAGCCGAAUCCACUGAUUUGAAGGGGUGUCCACAUACUUUUGUAUAUAUAGUGUAUGUAAAUAAGAAAUAGGAGAAUUAACAAAAAUAAACAGAAAUUAUGUAACAAUAUAACAUUUCACCCCAAAAACUGUCCACUGCUGCAGCCUGAAUGAGAAAUGAUCUGAGUUGAGAUGUUUUCAAAGAGGGCAGUGAACUCCCCCAAAACUGCCACAGUGUGACUGACAUCAUUUGACCCAGUUCGGUCCAACAAGACUCCCACAUAACCACACGCUCUCCCCCCUCUUCCUCCUCCCCCGCUCCUUCCAGGUGCGUCUCCUCUACUGCUCCCAGGAGGAGGCUGCGCUGAUCUUCAAGGCGGCCUGGGCCUCGGGUCAGGCCGGACACUCCCACAUGUGGUUCGCUGUGGGGCCAGCCCUGUCUGGCCUUGGCCUGGAGGGCCUCCCCAAGGCCCUGUUCGCAGUGCGGCCGCAGGGCUGGAGAGAUGAGCCCCGCCGGAGGAUUGCCAAAGGGGUGUCUGUGCUGACCCACGGAGCCAUGGCUCUGAGGAAGGAGUACGGCUGGGCCCGAGGGCCACACUACUUCGCAGGCAACUGCCAGACAGAUGGCAACCAGACGCAGAGGGUGCCAGACAGGAUCAGGUGA